CAUUAUGGAUCCAACCCUACUGAGAGAACGCGAGCUAUUCAAAAAACGAGCUCUUUCUAAUCCUGUAGUAGAGAAACGUUCAGUAGCUUCUGAGUCGUCAUCAUCAUUGUCAAAGAAAAAGAAAGCAAAGCUAGAACAUGGAGGAUCAUCAGGCUCCAAACAAAAUUCCGAUCAUAGUAAUGGAUCAUUUAACUUGAAAGCUCUCUCAGGAAGCUCUGGAUAUAAAUUUGGAGUUCUUGCUAAGAUUGUGAAUUACAUGAAGACACGGCAUCAGCAAGGGGAUACACACCCUCUAACUUUAGAAGAAAUUUUGGAUGAAACACAGCAUUUGGAUAUUGGACUCAAGCAGAAACAAUGGCUAAUGAGCGAGGCAUUAGUCAACAAUCCCAAAAUUGAAGUAAUAGAUGGGAAGUAUGCCUUCAAGCCCAAGUAUAACUUGAAAGAUAAGAAGGCCCUCCUUAGGCUCUUAGAUAAGCAUGACCAGCGAGGAUUAGGAGGGAUCCUUUUGGAAGACAUUGAAGAAGGACUGCCCAAUUCACAGAAAGCUGUCAAGGCUCUAGGGGACCAGAUACUAUUUGUAAAUCGUCCUGAUAAGAAGAAAAUUCUUUUUUUCAAUGACAAGAGCUGCCAGUUUUCUGUGGAUGAAGAGUUUCAGAAACUGUGGAGGAGCGUCACUGUGGAUUCAAUGGAUGAGGAGAAAAUUGAAGAGUAUCUGAAGCGACAGGGUAUUUCUUCCAUGCAAGACUCUGGACCAAAGAAAGUGGCACCUAUUCAGCGAAGGAAAAAGCCUGCUUCACAGAAGAAGCGACGAUUUAAGACUCACAAUGAACACUUGGCUGGCGUGCUGAAGGACUAUUCUGACAUCACUCCUGGCAAAUAGUGACCUCUGUGCCCUUGAGCAAAAAGCUGCACAUCCAGAGUCCAGGGCAUUGUGGGUGAUGUUUGCAAUCUGGGGACGCACUCUUCCUGCCCUCCCUCCCACUAAGGCUGAGAAGAGCAGCAGCUGAGCUUCCCCACCAAGUGCAAACCACCAGACUCGAAGGUUCCCUCAUCCCCUGGGCUCCUGAGAAAUGGGCUGGGGUGACAGGCACAGUUGCCCUUCUCCUCGGAUGGCUCUUAAUCUGGCAUAUGAGGGUUCUAGAUACUUAGCUCUGCUUCUGGGUGGUUCCUGAUUCCAUGUUCCUCAUUUAUUACUUUAGAGCAAGUUUGCAGAUAGUUUUGAAUGCAGUCUUCGCUUGUUCUGAAUGAACGUAUUUAUAAUAAAAUGAUUGUAGAAAGGCAUUAGCGGUGUUGGUGAGCUCAGCCUUUUUCUUUUCCUUCUGUUGGUCAACCAUGGCCCCGUGGGCACACAUUGGCAAUGCUGUCAUUGUGGACCACAUGGACUUCGCAGUUGGGAUGCAAAGUAUGCUUGUGUGAGCACGUUAAAGCAAUAAAGAAACGCCAACUAGAA